UUCAAAAAAGAAGAUGGCGGCGGCUGAAAGUGAUCCUCAAAACAAACACAAGCUAGGCAGGAGGGGGACAAAAUGCAGUGUGUUCAACAGUCAGGAAAAGCCAGACACCAGCCAACCGGUGAUUUUUAACCCGGACUUCUUUGUGGAGAGGCUGAAACAUGAGCAUCCGCAGAUCUUUGCAGAGUUGAUACUCAGCAACAUUACUAGGCUCAUCGAUCUUCCGGGGGACGAAUUCGCACAGCUUACUGGAGAGUCCGAGCCCAGGGUGCCCGCCUCCACUGGCUUCUUGCGCUCCUUGAACUUCCUGAAGAGAAAAGACAAAGGAGUGGUUUUUGGUGCACCGUUAACGGAAGAGGGAAUAGCACAGAUCCAUCAGCUCAUUGAAUACUUGAGUAAAAACCUUCAUGCGGAGGGGUUGUUCCGUGUGCCAGGACACAGCCUCAGACAGGCAGCCCUGAGGGAGAUACUGAAUGCUGGCACAGAGAUAGAUCUAGAGACAGGUGACUUCCACCCCAAUGAUGCGGCCACAUUGCUUAAAGCCUACCUGGGAGAACUGCCAGAGCCUCUGCUCACUCACAAACAUUAUCACGCUCACCUCAAGAUUGGAGAGCUCACUCGCUUCGACGAAAAUGGCGAUAAGACCAAUGUGCCUGACAAGGAACGUCAGAUAGAGGCAUUUCAGCUGCUUUUAAUGCUGCUCCCACCAGCUAACAGGAGCCUGCUGAAGCUGCUGUUGGACUUGUUGUACCACACCGCUCGCAAUCAGCACCUCAACAAGAUGUCUGCGAUCAACCUCGCCACAAUGUUCGCUCCACAAAUCAUCUGGCCUAAAAAUGUGACAGCGAGUGAUCUCCAGGGAAACAUUGAGAAACUGAAUAGUGGCAUAGCGUUCCUCAUCAGGCAUUCGCAGAAACUAUUCAAGGCCCCAGUAUAUAUCAAAGAAUAUGCCCGCUUAUACUUCAAAGGAUCAAACUCUCUUCAAUCUAAGGACGACUCGACCCUCUUUUCACGGACCAAAGACACCGCGUACACAGCUGCCCCGUUGUCUCCCAUAACGCGGCCAAUUGGACGUGAGGUCAACAGCACCUGCGCUGCCGGGUCAUCCGAGUCUCUGAGUUACACUGAAUCUGCCCUCAGAGAGCUGUACCAGCAAGUCAACAGCAUGCCCGAGUCUGCCAAAAAGAAGAAACUCAUCAGACAAUUUGAAAAGCAGCCUUUGUCGACACCUCUGUCUGACUCACGGACUCCAUUCAGCAGGAAACACUGGCGUUCGCGCUCUCUAGGUGGAAUGAUCAAGAGGAAGGUGUUAGGAAGCCAGGUAUUGACAGAAAAGGAAAACAGCAAAAUGCACAGUCCUCUCCAAAGCAGUUCAAUCGAUGGCCAGGGCACAGAAAAGAUCAACUGAGAAGAAGAUUAAUCGUCUUUUAAAGAAUGUGCCAAGGGAACUUCAAUUAGGCACAUUAAAGGAUCCGCCGGGUGUUGACUUGAACUAAACAGUGUAAUCCACUGCAAGGCUUUGUUUUGACACCAUGUUUAGAUCUGCACUCGGCUGUUCUUUUUUAUAUAUAUGUGUACACACAUAUAUAUAAAAAAAUCCCUGCAAAAAGUGAGUAUGAGCCCUAAAGGUAGCAAGGAAUCCACCAAAGUUUGACUUGACCCAUGCAACAUAAAAGGAGUCAAGUAAAAUGUUUUAGGUCAAUGUAAUUUACUGUUUUUCUUAGGUUCCCACUUGUCAAUUUAUGAUGUUCAGGGGGCAAAUUUAGCUUGAUCAUAGACUGAGAUGUGUUUCUAUUUAAUGUGCAGACUUAAUGGUAUUUAUUUCUUUGUGCAGGCUUUCCUAUUUAAAUAUGAAAUUUGCUUUAAAGUUGUAGAAAAUGUAGUUAGAGUUGCACCAUCUUUUAAGACUUAAAAUGUGGUAAAUCCAAAAAUGUGCCUUAAGAUUUUAUAAUUUUUACUUAAUAGCAACUUAUAGAGAAACAUUUUAUUCCCGUAAGUUACCAGAAGCCUUUUAGAGUUUUUAAGGAAUCCAUUCAAGUCAAGUGUCAGUUAAGUGUAGGACUAAUGACGAAUGGUGGGAGUUGCUGAGUGAAAUGUCACUAAAGCUCAACACUGUGAUACUUUUAACUACUGCUUCUCUUUUUAUCUUUCUGCUUCUCUUAAAUUCUAGACUUUCUCAGGCAAGUUUGAGUUCUUAUGCAACAUUGUAUACAGUUUUCUAUCCAUGGUUUUCGUUAUUCAGCUGUUAAAGCAAGAUGGGGUUUUUGUAUCAUUUUUUUUAAGAUUUACUGUCACUUUUUAUCUUCUCUUCAGUGGUGGGUUGAAUGCAAAUGAAGAUGAAUCGUCUUAUUGCAAUUUUCUAUCCUUUCUGGGAGAAUGUGAGUCUCUUUUUUUUAAAAAUCCUCCUUGGUGUCUUUUAUUCUUUCACUAGCAGUUUCUAGUUCAGUCAUCAGUCUGCCAAGCUGUUACAAGUUAACUAUAAUGUGAUUACUGCCCUCAUGGUCAAUGUAGCUGACCGGGGAACACAUGUACAACGAUGCUACUGUGAAGCUACGCAACUCACUGUAAUUAAAAGACAUCAAGCUGUGA